CUUCUGAUAGAGAGGUGGAACGAAGGACUCGCAUGGUGUGGUGGUGAACGCGUCAGACUCCGGAAAGAGUAAUAGCGCGUUCGUUUCCCACCGCAGACACCUGCGGUCCGGAUUAGCAAGUUUAAUUUUUGAUGAUAAACCAAUCCAAAAGACCCCACUCGGUGAUGCUAUUGACUCGCUGAUGGUUCGCUGGGCACAGCUUCUUUCGAAUGUCUCGUCUCGGGCACCUGUUCCAGCGCCAUCUACUAUUGAUCAUGUCAAAGAAGUAGUUGAGAUAUCGAUGUAUCAUGUGAGUUAUUUUGUGAGUACAAUCAGUAAAGUUAGGUCUAUUUAUAAGAUAGCGGUGAAACUUUGGGAGGGGCAUAUUAUUAAAAGCUGGCAUAAUCAUGAAUCUGUGAAAUCAUUCGAGGAGUUAAUCGCUUCAUUGAGAAAUGAUAUCUCUUGA